AUGCUGACCUUGAGCGUUUGUUAUUCCAAAGUAAAUUGCGUUUUACAAAAAGGUGAAAUGGAUUACCUCAUAUCAGAGGAGUUAGGAGAAAACCCCAUAGAAAUUGGGUCAGAUAUUAUACCCAACGAUUUAGAGAUUGUUAUUCAAAUUGUUAAUGCUCUUGCACAAUGGGAGAUUCAAAAAGAGAGUGAGAGAGGAACGAUCGAGAUGUUUAAGCAAUUUCUUUCGAAGGAAAUACUGAAGGAGCCAUUUGCGAAGUUGAAAGUCGAGAUGGUGCGUUGGUUCGACAAGAACAAAUUGCGAAUGGGUGUAGAGGAACUCAAGGCUCGUAAACAGCAGAUUGAGCACAUAGAAGUCGUUUUAACCACAUUUGAAAGCGGAGACCCCACUACUGAUGAACUUUUUGGGUUGGUGUGUAAAGUUGGAACAUUACCACACGAAUUGUUGAAGUAA